AUGUCACAUUAUAUUAAACGAAAACAAAUCAAUUUCGAUCUUUUGGAUCAAAAGUGUUUUUCUCCAAGCAGUUCCCAAUGUUCUUUGACUACGCCUUAUAAAAAUGAAGUAAAAAUCACUGUUUCAGAAAAGUCAUUGAAUAAUGAAAGAUUAGAAUUAGAAAAACAAUUGAAACAGGCUACACAAAAUGAAAAAUCAUGGAGACACAAAUAUAAACUAAUGGAAAACGAACGUCAAGAAUUUGAAAAUUCAAUUCGUGAUCAAUACGAAAAAGAAAAAGAAACUUUACUAUUAGAAUUAAAAGUACAAAAGCAAAAUUAUAUUGAUAAGAUACAAUCCAUGUCUUCUUCAAUGUUACAUUUACAAAAACAAAUCUCUCUACUUCGUCAUCAACUGCUCACGCAUGGUAUCACAGAAGAUAUUGACAUGGAAGCGGAUGAUAGUUGGUUACUUAACUCUUUUAAAGAAGAAGCUGAUUUUAUUAAGACUGCUCAUCAGCAUGCAAUGCAUGAAUAUACCAUGUCCGCAAGCCACCCACUAUGGUUAUCCAUACAGAAAAACGCUAAUGGUUUAAAACAUGAGUUAUUAUUACUACAAGCAUGGAAGUCAACUAUGGUGAUGGAUCAAUCAUUGGAUCAGACACAACAUAAAAUGGACGAUAGAACACUUAGUUAUGGUUUGAAGAAAGCCAUUUUUGGAAAAAAUCAUAAAUCAAUGAAGAGGAAAAGUAUCAUUUUUACUUGA